UGAAGAUUGAGAGGGGUCAGAGAGGCGGAGAGGAGAGGAGAGGAGAGUGGGGGGAGAGAGAGAGAGAGCGAGAGAUGUACCUGAAGAAGGCGUUUUGGAGCGACGCUCUGAACUCGGAAUCGCAGACUCAGUCACCGUCGGCAGUCGGAGAUCUGGUGAAGUCGCUUGAUAAGCAGAGGGUGUACAGAGAAGUCACGCUUGCACUCCGGACCGGACUCAGGGACGCCCGUACCGAGUUCUCCUUCCUCCGGGUCCGCGGGCUUCGCAGCAUCCUCAAGUUCCUCCGAUCCGUCGCCCACUCUGACUCCACCAUCAAUCUCUUCUGCCACAGUCAAUCCAUUCCCGAUCUCCAAGUUGUUCCAGUUCUGUUUCAACAUUCAUUAAAAGAGCUAGAGGAGCAGAAGGUAGCAAAUUUGGAUCAUAUAUUUGGCACUGAACCUAUAAAAAUAGUUACUCCUUCAACAGAUUCUGAAGUGGCACUUGCACUUCGAGUUUUGGAAGGAUGUUGUUUGCUCCACAGAGAGAGCACGGUGCUGGCUCAUCAACACAAGGCAAUCCCGGUAUGCAUAUUCCUUGUUUAAUCUAUUUCUCUGGUC